AUGACCUUCGGGGCUUACUGUCUGGUGCUUUUCUUCCGAGCGCGUCAUGUCUUCGAGAUCAGGGCAAGAUCUGUCUACCUCGUUACGACCCUUGGACUGCUGCUGCUCUUGUAUGAGGGAAUUACGGUGGAUCUCCACGCUAUUGUCCUUUUCGGGACGCCGGCUAACUACUUCACAAACAAUCUGCUUGUGUUCUUUGUGACGUUCUCUAUCGCGAGCUGCUACAUCAGCAGAGUCAUCCGGCUUGCCGUCGGGUUCCAUCCCAAGCUCAGGAGAUCUAUGCCAAAGCUCAUGUCGGAGAAGCUCCUAAUCUCCGUGAGCCUGUCCAUCGGUGUACUGUCACUGGCCAUCCCGAUCUACUACAAGUUCACCAUCCCGAACGAGGAGUACCGCGACCAUCAAGCGGGCGUGAAGUGGCUUUGCACGCUGGUGCUGCAGAUAACGCAAAUCUGCCUGCUCCCCGUGGUGUGGUACAUCGAUGACCUGUUUCACAUCAGCCGGGAGCUCAUGGUGAUCAUCGUACUGGGCCUCAUUCAGAGCGUGUUCGUCAAGCUUUUCCUCGAAAAAGACCUGACGGGAGACAUCAGGAACCUCAUCAACCCGCCCAACAUGCAGCUCUUGACAAUCUCAGUGUUGUUCGGACUCAGCGUCAUCGAUCCAGUCCGCCGUCUCAAGUUCAGCCCCAUGGCCCAGAGCUCGGCUCCCAUGGCUCGUGCUGUUCUGAGGAGCUCCGCAGCCAGGGCACAAAAGCCCAGGCGAGGGAGCUCCUCGAGCCAACAGCGGAAGAUCACCCCGAGCGAGGAAGCCGCCCAGCACAUGUGGACCUACGACAAGAUCGCCCUGGACAACUCCAUGGCGGAGGCCUUCCGGAUGUUUGCCAACAGGGCGCUGUGCCAGGAGUCGGUCUGGUUUCUGGAGGAGGUUUUAAGGUACCAGAAUGAAGACUACACCAUCGCUUCCCCGCUAGGAGGCGGCAAGAUAGAGGCCUUCGAAGCCAUCGCGAAGCGGUUCGUUGAGGACGGAGCGCCGGAUGAAGUGAACCUCAGCUACACGGACAAGAAAAACAUCAUCGCCAUGUUGAACAGAGAGGCCAGGGGCUUGGAACCUUCUGACGAGGAGCUCAGCGGCGUUUUCGACCGAGCCUACUCGCAGAUCCGUUUUAUGAUCGAGUCGAACAUCGUGCACAAGUUCUUGGAGACGGACGAAUUCCGUAAGGCGGCCAACUCCAUGCCGCCCAGCCGUCGCGAAAGGCGCUUGUUCCUCUUGCCGUGCUAACUCUCACGCCGACGAUGCUUCUGGCCAACGUGUGCGGCCAGCCGGCCUGAUGAGCUCGAGCUUUUAUGGAGGCACAGACGGAGAGAGGACGCCGUUUAUUUGCCUAUCAUAUCAUGCCCUGUUGCGUCUCGGCCCGGGCUGUCGCGUCGUGAUCGGUAUCGUUAUUGUUAUCCUUGUUUUGUUGUCGCGAAGUGGAGGCCUUGUUGUGUAUGUUCGGCAACGGGGUUGCCUUCCUCGUGUUAAGUAGUCCAAAGGGAACUUUGUAGGUGGUAGACGCUGGCGGCGCUUUGUUUAGUGUUGUUACAGAAAAGAAAAUGGCGGGUACAACGUGCGUAUCUACCGUCCUCGCUCUCCCUCGCCAUGCUAGAUGAUUCUCCACGUUUUGUGCCGGGUGGGCAAAACCCGCCGAAUCUAUUGUGUCGUGUCAGAUUACAACCUUCAUGUUUACGUACAGCAAGGGCACCGCGCGGGAAGUGUUUCGUGUGGCAUGCAGGCAGGGGUCCGCCCGCGCGGCGAGCGUCGUUUCUCGGACUCAGAGGAGGAGGCAAGUCAUAUACGUGCCUUGAGCUUGUGUGCCUGCGUGGGGUGUAGCGGGGGGCCGUAUUCGUGUAUUAAGUCCGUCUGUUCGUUGGAAGGGAGGGAGAGAGGGGAGAUAGAGUGUGCCGGUUCGUUGGAGGCGUUUUUCUGGUGAAUGUGUGGGGGGUCGUGCAUGUACACCGACAGGUACCACACACCGCAGUCUGGAUGCAUUUCGCAGUUUGUUUGCUAAAUACAACAGUAGUUGGGAGAAAGAGAGAGGGAACAAGGGCGGUAUAUCGUAGGGCGACACGGGCGUGUGGUAGUGUUCGGGGGGAAUGUUUUUCAGAAUUCGCGCUCCCGUGGGGGAUGGUUGAGGGUAAAGGCUGUUGGGAAGUCGUUGUGAAUCACGACGCCGUUUUUUUACGUGACGUUGACGUCGCGCGAUAAGACCUCACUGCACGCAGGGGGUAUUGCUGCCUGCAGCAACAUGCACCCGUUUGAGUCACAUCUGCUAGAGUUGGGUCUCUCUUUGCUCCACGAGCGUAUCAUCACGGCUGUUUGUAGGCGACGAAGUAGAGUAGUGGUGAUCGUGCGGUUCAGCCCCUUGGUUUAUUUUGUUCCCGUGGUCGUGUGGGUGUUGCCGCUGCAGUUGUGAGUCGAUCCCGGGCGGCUUUAAUUCGGCCGCGGUCCCGGCAGCCCCAUCCCGGUUUGGCGACCCUUCUGACGAGCGAGUGAUCCCAGCGUGUGUGGGUGUGGUCGUGUGUUUCACCCAGGCAUUUUUUUUUUGCGGGGGGGGGGGCAAUGCUGCUGUUGAUGAGGAGCGUUUCGCGAGCACGCCUAACCAACAGCGUUAAUGAAUGGGGUCCGGUUAUCUUGGUGGGUGGCUACCCCGGCGUGUUUGCUGUCCCGCGGUGAGUGCCAGUGGCGCUACGGAGAGUGGCGGGCUCGUUUUUUUUUUUCGCUCGGAAUGCUGACGUUUCCUCUUGCAUGACCCUCAAGCUCGUGGAACGUUUUUCUUUUUGUCUUCGCGUGGCUGGUGGACCCGUUGACGUAUGUGCGUAUUUCGCAACCACGGGUGAAUGGGUGGGUCUUGACGUUCAUUCCUUCCCUGUUGGUGCAAGAUCUGGCUUGGAGGUAGAACCCUGUUUCUUUGCAGUGGAAGGAGUUGAAUCAUUGCAUGUUUCUGGUUGGUUGCUGCGGGACAUCUGCCACCGCCGCCAGAGAGCAUAACGGCGGCAUGGUAUGUUUUUUGUGUCGUGACGAAUAAUUUAAAAAGGGGGGCCAGGGGAACCAGGCGCAUCUGACUUAAAUCAGCCCUACCCGGAUGGACCCCCCCCUUGCCCGUGGAGUUUACGCCGUGUCCUGUUGCUGUCAGACAAAAAUUAGAGUAGUGUGUAGGUGUUUUAUGGUAAUCGUAUCUUGCCCCUUGUCUUUGUUCUUGCUCUUGAUAAGCAUUUUCCUCAAAGUGUGUCUUGUAUUUUGGGGGUGUUGCGUUCUCAUGGGUGGUUUGGGUAGAAAUAGUUGAUGUUGUGUUUUUUGGUACGCGGAGAGUGUUGCUGUUUCUGGAAACGAACCUAGGGGCACUCUCCGCGUGCCCUUUCCAAGAAGCCAUGUACAAACUUGUCCUCCCUUUCUCCUUGAUUUGGUUUUGAGACUUGUUGCCGACGGGGUGUAUGUGUUGUAGGGUUUGCUCGCUAUUUAGGAGUCUGCCGAUGUUUGGUGGUACGCGCGGGGUGGGCGCAUCGUAUUUUUUUUCUUUUCCUUUCCUCUGACCGAAUGGAUAGGCUGGUAGAACCAAUCCCUCGCUGACGGUGUGUAGUAGUGAUGAUGGUCGUCCGGGGUCUGAAAAACAACGUUAAGGUAGAACAAGGGCUUCCGGUAUUAGUAGUAUACAUAACCCAAGUAUGUUGGACU